AUGCUCCAGGAGAAAAGCCUGGCCGACACCGAGGAAGGGUUCGCAGCGGCCGCGGCCCCCGGCCAUGCCGACUCGGCCGCGGGCUCUCCGGUCCUCGGCGUAGCCGGCGUGAGCAGCCCACAGGGCCCCGACCCCGAGCAGACAAUAGAAAAUAUCAAAGUCUAUCUCCACGAGAAAGAGCUAUGGAAAAAAUUUCAUGAAGCCGGCACCGAAAUGAUAAUAACUAAAGCAGGCAGGAGGAUGUUCCCGAGCUACAAGGUCAAGGUGACCGGGAUGAACCCCAAGACCAAGUACAUCCUGCUCAUCGACAUCGUUCCCGCUGAUGACCACCGCUACAAGUUCUGUGACAAUAAAUGGAUGGUGGCGGGCAAGGCCGAGCCGGCCAUGCCGGGGCGCCUCUACGUCCAUCCCGACUCGCCGGCCACCGGAGCCCACUGGAUGCGGCAGCUCGCCUCCUUCCAGAAGCUGAAGCUCACGAACAACCACCUCGACCCCUUUGGACACAUCAUUCUGAACUCCAUGCACAAAUACCAGCCGCGGCUGCACAUCGUGAAGGCGGACGAGAACAACGCGUUCGGCUCGAAGAACACGGCCUUCUGCACCCACGUCUUCCCGGAGACCUCCUUCAUCUCCGUGACAUCCUACCAGAACCACAAGAUAACUCAGCUCAAAAUCGAGAACAACCCCUUCGCUAAGGGAUUCCGGGGCAGCGAUGACAGCGACCUGCGUGUGGCUCGUCUGCAAAGCAAGGAGUACCCGGUGAUUUCCAAGAGCAUCAUGAGGCAGCGGCUGGGGGGCAGCCACCAGGCGCUGCAGCACUUCCAGUACGAGAACGGCGCCCACAUGCAGUUCGCCGCGUCGGAGGCGCAGGAGCUGCCGCUCAACUCCUUCAGCGCGCAGCGGGACUCGGGGCUCUUCUACCACUGCCUAAAGAGAAGAGAGAGCGCCCGUCACCUGGAGCUGCCCUGCAAGCGCUCCUACCUGGAGGCCUCGUCCUCGGUGGGCGACGACCAUUAUUUCCGCUCGCCUCCCCCCUACGACCAGCCCAUGCUGAGCCCGUCGUACUGCGGCGAGGUAAAAAUCCGUAGCCGGCGUGUGUACCGUGCCGGUGGUUUCCAUGGAAGUGCCUCGGAAUGGCUCCUUCCCGCCCGGUUUCGGUGCCAGCCCCAGCGUUUCCGACGGGACAAGCCGAUGUGCCCGCGCUGCCAACUCUACGUGUGA